GGAGGGAGUGAAAGACUUCACAGCACGCUACAAAUACUCCGUGGCAGAAUUCUCUUUUUGUUGAAUGCGCCCUUCAGACUGACUUAGCCAGGGCAGCUCGUGUUUGUCAAAGUGAACCGCUCACUUCAUUAUUAAACACACGUCAACAGACUUAACUUUGUAACUUCGAUACUCGUGAGGCCAAAUUAAGUAUCGCCAACCGUUACUUUGUUGCUCGUCGGCUUGAGAAGUUGACCCAUUUUUUUAAACUUUUCCAACAAAACAUAGAGGAAAGUCUCAGGGAAGGCAAGGUUUGAUCUCACAUAUCACAGCCUUUGCAGUUGGGAACACUUUAUAUGAGUUGUGCAGGAAAGUAGCUUAACCUAACGGAAAUUAACCAUCCAUCCUCAAGAGUCUCGCACAGCUUUCUGUGCUAGCACCUGCAAACAUGGCACGAAGAUCCUGCGCGAUUUAUGCGGUCGGCAUCAUCUGCGCUUCCCUGCUGUUCGUCGGGAUUGGUUUAGUUGUGGCUCAAGUUUUCAGCAAGUUAAUGCACAACCGCCUUAAAAAGGAAAUUGUUUUGGUAGAGGGAAGUCGUGUGUUUGAGUCAUGGAAAACCCCUCCACCUCCUGUCUACAUGGAGUAUUUUUUCUUCAAUGUGACCAAUGUGGAUGCCUUCCUUCAAGGGGCCAAGCCAGAGGUCACGCAGGUUGGACCUUACACGUACAGGGAGUACAGGUAUAAGGACAAUGUGAGCAUGGUGGACAAUAACAGGAUGGUGUCUGCAUACAACAUCAAAAGCUUUGUGUUCCUGAGAGAGAAGUCUGUGGGUGACCCAGCUGUGGAUAGCAUCACCACUGUCAACAUCCCUGCUUGGGCUGUAAUGAACAAGGUGAAAGGGAGUUUCUUUAAGACCUCCAUGGUGUCCAUCUGGAUGAACUCUUACAGGAGCGGUCUCUUCACUACCCGCACUGUGGAUGAACUGCUGUGGGGAUACGAAGAUCCCUUGCUGGCCCGCGUCGCCAGCACCAAUCCUGAUGUGGAGAAGGUCUUUGGCCUCAUGUACAAGAAAAAUGGAACUGAUAACGGGGAAUUCAUCUACCACACUGGGGUGGAGAACUACAUGGAUUACGGCCGCGUUGAAACAUGGAAAGGCCAAAGUCAGCUGACCUUCUGGACAUCGAACCAAAGCAACAGCAUCAAUGGAUCAGAUGGAAGUGCUUUCCACCCCCUGCUGAACAAGAAUGAGCGUAUUUAUGUCUUCACUCCAGACCUCUGCAGGUCUAUCCACAUGGAAUUUGAGAAGGAUGUAGAGGUGAAAGGAAUCCCAGCCUACCGUUUCACACCGCCACGCUCUGUUUUUGCCAGCAAAGAGGAGAACCCAGCCAAUGAGGGUUUCUGCGUCACCCCAAAAGAGUGCCUGGGAACUGGCCUUCUUAAAGUCAGUCCUUGUCGAAAAGGUGCCCCAGUAGUUGCCUCCUUUCCUCAUUUUUACCUGGGAGAUGCUAAAUAUGUGUCUGCCAUUGAAGGAAUGUCUCCUCAAAGACAACAUCACCAAACCUUCCUAGACCUUAACCCGACCACUGGAGUGAUUGUUCGUGCAAACAAGAGAGCACAGAUUAACAUCUUGCUCAGCAGAAUCUCAGGAUUCCCGAAAACUAGAGGGCUGAAUGAGACAAUCUUUCCCGUCAUGUUCCUCAAUGAGAGUGUGGUGAUUGAUGAUGCGUCUGCAGCGAGAGUAAACAAGCUGCUGCUGAUUGUCACUCUGGUGUCCAACUUCCCGCUCAUUAUUGUGGGACUGGGUGCCAUACUGCUCGUAGUCCUCAUCAUCCUUCUGGUCCGGGCCCGCAAACAGAAGAAGGAAGUUAAGCCCACUGUGUUUACCAAGGCUCUCUAUGCUACCUCCACUGAAGAGGACACUUCUUACUCUCCGGUCAGUGACAAGGAAAAGGAAGAUCCUCAAAAUGGAACCUACAUUGGUCUGUCAGCUAAAUGUGACCCAUAAGCUUGACGAGGAGGAUAAUGUUUAGAAGGGCGCUUUGUAAAUUGACAACCCUCAGAAAUACAUAUGGGGAUUUGGGUUUUCAGGAGAGAGAUUAUUGUCAAUAUCUCCUUUAUGAUUGGAAAUCUUUGGUUUUUAGUUUCAAACAUACUGUCCUGUGUGUAUUCAUUUUAGCCGUGCAGAGCAACCUGUAGUCCAGGUUUAGCACAAUAUAUUCCUAGAAAAAGUUUGACAUUUAUUCAAAAAAAUUGUGUCGAGGGCUACAUUUUGCUGUUUGGUUAAAUCAGUUGCUGAUAGCUUUAGUUGUCAAAUAAGUAGAAAUGUAAGGCCUACUUUGUGGUGAUCCGAAACAAACAAACAAACCCACCCUUUAACCCUCAAGUGUGGGAUCAAUUUGAUUUUAGGGCUGUGGCCUCACCUUAUUUUCUGUUACCUAGAUUGUGCCUUCAGAUUUUAGUGACUGGUUGCUAUGUUACAGGGCAUAGAGGGUAAUUUGGGACCAGGGUAAUGAAGUCCAUACAUCAUGAGUUUUUUAGAUACCAUACGUCACUCUCAGGGGUCCUCUGCUUAGAUACAAUCAAACACUAUUAAAGAAUAGGAGAGAAGCAAAACAUACUGCAAGUCUUCUCUCUGUGCAGUAAUUUUAUCAGUUCAGUAUUACUAUGUGUCAUUUUCAUUUCCUCCUAAACUAAAUGUUACAAAACACUGACAUUGCUCAUUAGUGCUUUCUAUUCAUGCACUGUAUUUAGAGGGAUAUCUGUAAACAUUGUUAGCAACGCACCUGAGAAACCUUCAGAGUAUAAUUUUGUAUUUAUACAGUGUAAGGUGUGUUGGAACUGUUUACAUUCCUCUCAUUGUAUGAUUGGAAUAAACCUUAGACAAAACGCUGUAUAUUUUGGACAUUUUAAUUUUUGUUUAAAAAUAAAUCAUUUUCGUUUGUUGUAAAUGUAAAAAUGUUUGAAUGAGGAUUAUGCUAAGUCAAAGCUUCACAUAUGUCUUCUAGUAGUAUAAUGAUCAACACCUUUAUCAGCCAUAUAAAGGCCUGAUUAUGACAGGAUUUUUCGGUUGAAAUUAUGAUUCAUAUGAUACAGAAUAUGUGUGAUACAUUCUCUUACCCUACAUAACUGCUCACUUAACCAUUUAAACAAUAGAAUUCAGCUCAUUAUCAUUGCAAACUGUGUUUUUUUAUGCUUCUGUGCUUUUAUUGAAGGCCCCACUUAGUAUUGUUGGUGCUGAAUAUGACACCAAACAAUUUUUUUCUUUAAUGCUUGUGAAAGAUUUAAUGUCAAAUUUCAAGCCAUUGCAAAACUAACGAAGGUUUAAUAUGAAGAAACACUUUAGUUGUGCCUUUAAAAGAAUCAGUGUUACGGAAUUUAUUUUUGCCUUUUAUAGUUUUCACGUAUUUUGUGAAAAGAACGUCCCGUCAAACCAACACAUGUACUCUUGCGAACUAUACAUCGUUUUCUUCCAGAUACCAAACAAAACUAAGCAUGAAACUGCUGUGAGUUUUUAUAGUUGGCGGCAGAGUCAAACUGCACUUUGAAAACACUUUGCUUGAAUAAUAGAGUGUUGUGCUGAGCCACAGCUCUCUCACUCGAGGCUGGUGAAAACAGUUGAUUACAGGUGCCAUUUAAUGUAAUAUGAAAAAGCUGCACAGUUACUACGUUUGAACUGCGUUGAGCCCGGCUUUUAUUUCUGUGCUUAUUCUUAGUUGUAACAUUUAAGGAUGACUGAGUUUCUUCAUAUCACCUCGUCAUUACAUGCACUGCAGUAAUCAGCAAUAAAUAUAUCAGACGAUAGCAGAGAAGCUGUUACAAGUUUCAAUGGAUUUCUGCUUCUUCAUUUGAUUUUACUAUUCGAGUUUGAUGUAUACUUUAAUCAGUUAUGUACGAUAAAAAUGAAGAAAGUAGAAGAAAUUCAGUGUGCAUAAUCACUUUCAUAACAAGGGGAAUAAAUGGAUAAAGCAAGCUUUUUACACAAUAUUAGUGUUGUGAUUAAAAAGAAUAAAUUAUUUUGUUGAGUUGGUAAAAACAAAACACAGAAAGCACCAUACGGACUGUACAAUAGGCUACUUUGUGCCAUACUUUGAUAACAGAUUGUAUUUUUUGAAAUUAUCGUUACUGCCAUAACCACUUGUUCUUAUUGUCAGCUUGUUUUGAAAUGCUGACUGUUAAUACUGUGUACACAAAAAUAAAAGUAGUUUCAGUAAA